AUGGAGGGAGGGCCCCCACGACAUAACACGACGCGACCUACCUAUCCUCCGCUUCCCUCCUCAUAUAAUUUGUCUUCCGAACCCUUGUUACCGUAUGAUGUGGAGGGAGUUAGCCUCACUCGAGAGCUGUGCACAGUUAUUGAAGAGACUCCCGAGUAUAUAUUUCGUCUACAAUCAUUUGUCGCCGCGCAGGACGCCCUAAGACAGGUUGGCUAUGUCCUGGAGCCUCUUUCAAACGAAAGCCUGGAAGGAAAGAAACGGUGUCAAGGGUGUGGAAACCAAAUGUCCAAGAUCCUCCGCGAGGAAAUGCGGAGGCUGUCGAAAUCAAAACGUAUUACUGCUGGUAAUGAUGUUAAAAACCGUACCAGCUCGAGCGAAAAGAGCCACUCUCCCGAGAAGAGAAAUCCCCCCCAGGAAGAAGGAAUAGGAAAGAUAACAGGAGCUGGGAUAGAUUCUGAUGCCGCAAAAAUUGUGCCAAAGAAUACAUUCCCUUGCAAAUUCCAUAAUGGUCGGGUGGCCAACAAGGUGUGGACGUGCUGCGAAAUGCACGUAUCAUCGAAGCCCUGCACCGGGGCUCAACAACACCAUCCUCGCUUGUAUGCUCCAGGAGAAAUAGAUCGUCUCUGGCAAUUUCACGCAACCCCUCCUAACUCAGGGAUGUCCCUGCGCCGUGCAGUCGCCAUCGAUUGCGAGAUGGGCAUAGCAGCAUCAGGGGACUCUGAAUUAAUCCGACUUACCCUCAUCGAUUACUUCUCGUCCUCUACGCUAAUUGAUAGCCUAGUCUAUCCAGCUGUGCCAAUGCAGGACUACCAAACACGUUUCUCGGGCGUCACAAGAAGGGACAUGGAAGUUGCACGGCGGCAAGGGAGGUGCAUCCUAGGUAGAGACAAUGCACGGAGAGCAGUAUGGCAGUAUGUUGGGCCAGGCACGUUUGUAGUAGGUCACUCUGCAAACAAUGACUUGGCUGCGUUACGCUGGAUACAUGAUGUUGUGGUGGAUACCUAUCUGAUUGAAGGAAAGGCUCUCGCGAUAAAGAAGAAGAGUGAGGAAAAAGGUAACCAGGGAGAGGGCGGACCCGAUCACCAUACCAUGGAGAAUCCUGUGAAGCAACGAGAUGAUAAGGAUAUCGGUACUGAUGGGAAGCCAGCACACAAGGGUAAUACAGUGGUAGCGGCAUCAGAAGCACUCGAGAAAUUAUCCCUAUCACCACCACCCCUGAAGUCCAUUAUGGCCAGCGAAGCUAAACAAUCACAACUGCAGCAAGGAGAGAAGAAGAAAGGUCCCAAGGAACCCGGUAUGCUCUCUCUCAAGAGACUAUCUCUGACGCGGCUCGGUCGAGAAAUCCAAACUGCGCGGAAAAAAGGGCACGAUAGCUUUGAAGACGCGCUCGCAGCUAGGGAUUUGGUGCAUUGGUGGGUUGUUCAGGAUUAA